GCGUUUUAUUCCGCUUCGGAGUUCGGGUUAAUUUUUUAACGUUGCGUUGUUACUAAUUAACUUAGUGAAAUUAAUGGAAUAUGGGCCAUCGAUGCAGCAUUUCUUUAUUUUAAGUAAUAUCUGAAGAAAUAGGGUGAAUCUGUUGUUAAUAAAGCGGUGAAAGCGGUUGUGGUUUGUGAAAUGGCGGAUUCCGCGCCCGUUAACGAAGUGUUAUGCGAAGCCGUGCAGUAUUUAUUAAAACUUGGAUCAAAUUUGCGACAACGUUCUGAAAUUUUAAAAGAGAAACGAAUAAGGAAAGACAAACUAAGAAAUACACAUGCCGUACAAAAGGCUACGAGUAAAGUUUUACUAUUAUGCGAAUUGGCCAAAAAAUCAAUAGUCAAUGUUGAGACUAGUGUCAAAGCCAUCCAGGACCGGAUUGAGAAUAUGCAGGCGCAUAAUAUUGGCGCGAAAUCUUCAAGUUCUGAAAAUAUUUCUGUUUAUGAAUAUUUUACGUACAACUCCAAGAGACUGAAAUGUCGUAAUAAAAUUAAUAUUAAACAUUAUUCGUCAGCUAAUGUUUGUGUGUCAAAAAUGCCCACUGCUAUUCAAGAUAAAUAUCCUGUGUUUUAUGACUGCAAAUUAUUUCGAUUGAGAUUAAAAUCUGACAAAAUUGCCCGUAAUAAUCUAAAUAAACGAAAUGAUAGUGAAAAUAAUAAAAAAACUGAAAAUACGGAACCUGAAGUAAGGGCAUCCAGUGAAGAAGAUGAAAGUAAUUCUGCAAAUGUUAAUAUUAAUACACAACUAGACAGUGACAAUGAUGAGACUGACUCCAGAAGUAGAACAAAAGCAUCAGUUGAAAGAAAGUAUUACAAAAAAAGUAAGUCUUCAAAGAAAAAAAACCUAGACCAUAUUGCCCAGGAACAACUAAAUGUUGAUGACAAUCAUGAAUCCAAUAAUCUCAAUAAACAAAAUGACAGUCAAAAUAUAAAAAAAACUGAAAACGUCGGAGUUGAAGUUAAUGAAUAUUUUGAAGAAAGUGUAACUGAUUCUGCAAAUGUUAAUAUUAAUACACAAGUAGACAGUGACAAUGAUGACACUGACUCCAGAAGUAAAACAAAAACAUCAGUUAAAAGAAAGGAUGAAAAGAAAAGUAAUAUUUUAAAUAAAAACAUUGAUAAGACUGUCUCCGAUCCUGAACUUAACCCAAAUAAAAAUGCUAUUCUGGACAAAGACCCUGAUGAAAGUCAAAAUAAUGGUUGCCACAAUAAAUAUGACUCCAAUGAAGAAAAUAUCCCUAUUGAAAAAGGAGAUAAUAACAUUUCUAGCACAGAUAAAUGUCCCAGAGAAAAGUCUAAGAGCAUUGAAAAAGUUGAUGAUAUUAACCAAGUAAAAUCUAAAGAGUCCAGUGGCAAAUAUAAAAAGGGUGAAAGGAAUAAUGAGAGUGAAUGCAAACCAAUGGAUAAUAAAAAGAUUGAAAAUGUCUCAGUUCAAGAAAUUAACAAAUAUAGUGAAUCCAAAUUAGAAAAUGUAGAGGAAAAUCCUAACAAAAUUACUUCUGUUGAAACCAAUGAUGUGAGUGGGAAUAAUAUUGAAGUCUCAGAAAUAAAAGACAAUAAUUCCCAUAAAGAUUCUUUUAUAGAAAAUACAAAUUCAAGGAGUUAUGAAAGUGACAGAAGUGUGGACUCUGAUAUAUCUAAAAAAUCCUUUAUAAAAUGUGUCAAUAUUAAUAAGUUGCUAAAACCAGAUAUAAUACUUUCUCCUGACAAUGUUGCAAGUGAUAAGGUUAGCAAAACAAAAUGUUAUUCAGGAAAAACGAAAGUAAAGUCUUCACACAAGAUUAAGAAAAUGAAAUAUUUAAAACACAAAUUUAAACCAAAAAAAUUUUCUAUAAAUAUAGUAAGACUGCCAAAAUUAGAUAAAAAAUUUCUUAAAAAACAUAAUUUAAAAAAGAUUCUACAAUUCAAUCCAGUUCAAUGUCAUAUUUAUUUAGACUCAGAUUCUGCAUCUAAUGAUUGUAAUAGUAAAACAGAGUCAAGAACUUACAGUAAGAAAUUUAAGAAAUCUAAGGACAAUGGAUCAAUGGAUAAACUGGAUUCUGAUAGGGAAUUUGGAGAAUCCUUAAAUGAUUCUUGUGCAGAAAAGUUGUCUACAAAUAAGGAUGGGAAUUCAGAAGAAUCUAACAAAAAUAAAGACCAAGACAAAGAUAUUGAUACUAUAAAGAAUUCUUUACUAAAUGGGUCAGACUCAGAGAGUACAGAUGAUGAAAUAAGGCAAGUGAAUGAAAAAGUAAAAAAUUCACUCCUUUACGAUUCUGAUUCUGACAAUAAUUCAAAAGUCACACAGAGAUGUAAUGAAAAUAGCAAUGAAGCUGAAAAAAUGUUGGAUAAAAACAGUGAUAACAUUUUAGAGUCAAAAAAUGAUAAAAACUCUUCAAAGAAUAAUGAAGAAUCAGACAGUGAUAUAGAUUCUACACAAAUAAAUACCAAUAAGAGAAGAAAUUCUCCAAGAGUUCUAAUAACACCUGAUAGAGAUAUUGCUAACAAUAGUGAUGAUGCUGGUUUACCACAAUCAGAUAGAACUCCAAAGAAUAAAAGAAAACGAAAAAGUGGUAGCACACCACCCUCAACUCGUAAGAAAAUUAUGGAGAGUAUGCGUGCUAAGAGGAUGUUACUUAGAUAUUCCUCUAGUUCCGAUACAGAUGAUGAACAAUUGAGGAAUGUUAACAAGGAAAGUAAAGAGGAAUUGCUUAAAAACAAAUCUAGUUCUGAUGAUGAUUCCAGAAAUAAUAAAAGCAAAUCACUUUCAUCAGAUAGGUCAUUAAAGUUGAGGAAAAAAACUGAGGAUGAAAAAAGGAAAAUAAAGAAAAAUGAACAGUUGAUGACUGAUGAUGAAUCUUCUAACUCUAUAAGACAACAAGAAGACAGUAAUAAUUCCACAUCUACCAAGAUGGGCCGUUCUAAAGAUAAAUUGGACAGCAGCAGUCACCUUUCACAUAAUGAAGACUCAGAUAAAGACAUUAAAGGGUUAACAAACCUUAGGACGUUGAAAAAGUCGUAUCGUCGACGGCGCGCGGCGUCGGAUCGUCGCAGGCUCAGGACGCAAACUGCCAACAUGCCGAAAGCACCGAUCAUCGGCGCGGAGGUGCUGCUCCAAGCGGAGUCCAGCUCUGAUGCGGCGUCUGUAGCUUCUAAUGAUGGGGAAGUUGAGGAUUUACCGAGAGUUCCCGUUACGGGGUUCAAUGGAGAUGGUAUGGUGGACCAUUUGGCUAAAGACGACUUAUUAGGCGACAGUGACUCCUCAAAUUCACAAAAUCAAACUCAGAAUUCGCAGGAUGACAAAGAAGGCGAAUCGGAGGACGAGGAUGUAAAAUUAAAGAGGCGCAAAGCGAAUGCCAUUUCGUCGGACUCAGAGGCGGGCUCCUCGAGACGAAAGGACAAGCGGCUCAGUGACUUUGAGGACUCGGAAGAUGACGGCUUGGAAUCAGUCAAGAAGAGUAAAAGGAAGAAAAAGAAUAGCGAUAGUGAUGCGUCCGCUGGCUCUGGGGAUGAAGGUAAAAAGAAAAGGCGUCGAAUUAAAAACGUAGAUGACAGUGAGGGCUCUGGAUCUGAGACUGAAAAUGAAGGACGGAAUAAGCACGGGAGAAAGAAUAUACGAAAGGUUAUGGGUAAAAAUCAACUAGAAGAAGCUACAAAGAAGGCAGCUCGUGAGGAGAAGGAAAGGAUUGCUAGAAUUGCUGAAAGACAAAAAUUGUAUAAUAACUUGCAAUUUGAUGAAUCCGGUAAACCGGAUGAAGUUGUAUUGGACAAAGUUGUGCUGGACUUUGAUCCAGAAACAAAAGAGCCUCUCAUUGAGGUUGACAAGGGAUUGGUUAAGAAAUUGAAACCACAUCAGGCUAAUGGUAUUAAAUUUAUGUGGGAUGCUUGUUUCGAAAGCGUCAAACGGAUUAAAAAGGACAAGGGUUCCGGUUGUAUUUUGGCGCAUUGUAUGGGUCUCGGAAAGACGUUACAGGUUGUGUCUCUAACACACACAUUGUUGACUCACAGCGAUUUGACGAGUGUGAAUAGAGUGUUGGUUGUGUGUCCGCUAUCUACUGUAUUGAAUUGGGUGAACGAGUUCAAUAUGUGGCUCAAACAUGCUGAAACUGAUUAUGAAGUUGAUGUUUAUGAACUGUCUAGGUUCAAGCAGAACUCGGACAGAGCGUUCCAACUGCAACAGUGGUUCCAACAUGGCGGCGUGUGCGUGCUCGGAUACGAGAUGUUCCGUAAUCUAUCGUCCGACAACACUAAGAAGUUCAAGAAGAAGAUGCUAAAGAGUUUCCAGGAGAGUUUGGUUGAUCCAGGUCCGGAUCUGGUGGUGUGUGACGAAGGGCAUUUGUUGAAGAAUGAAAAAACAAGCUUAUCGCAAGCUAUGAACAAAGUGAAGACGUUGCGUCGCAUCGUGCUCACGGGUACACCGCUACAGAAUAAUUUGAAAGAAUAUUAUUGCAUGGUACAAUUCGUGAAGCCGAAUCUUCUGGGAAAAUACAAUGAGUACUUGAACAGAUUCGUGAAUCCCAUUACGAAUGGGCAAUACACGGAUUCCACUGAACAUGACAUAAGGAUCAUGAAACGCAGGUCGCACGUGUUGCACAAGAUGUUGGAUGGUGCUGUGCAGAGGCGAGAUUACGGUGUGCUCGCGCCUUUCCUUCCACCAAAACACGAAUACGUGCUGUUUAUUACCCUUGCUGAAGUGCAAACAAAGCUCUACCAACACUAUUUAGAUAAUUAUUCGAGAAGACCUCUUGCGGGGAAAUCGUCUGGUUUCCUGUUCCCGGACUUCCAGUCUUUGCAGCGAAUAUGGACGCACCCGCUCGUACUCAAAUAUAACUCGGAGCGAUACGAAAUUAUGCAACAGAAAAAGAGGGAAAGAGAGGAAGAAGAUUCUGAAGGUUCAUUGAAAGAUUUCAUUGAUGAUGAGUCCACUUCAGAGGAGUCGUCUUCGGAGGAAUCAACAGAUGAGUCUUCCUAUUUGAGCGAUGACAGCCGAAAGAAGAAUAAAAAGAAGAAAUCGCCUAAGAAGAGUAAAGCUCGGUCUACGCGGAGAGGAACGCGUGCAAACCCUGUGGAAGCAGAAGAUGACGACAUACAAGAAGUGGUCGAGGUAAAGAACGAGAACCCCACAGAAUGGUGGAUGCCGCUCGUCUCCGAAGAAGAACUGGAUGAUAUGAGGAACUCGCACAAGCUGAUCCUGCUGUUUGACAUCCUGCGGCAGUGUGAAGCGAUUGGGGAUAAAUUGUUGGUGUUUUCGCAAUCUCUAUACUCGUUGGAUCUGAUAGAGCAUUUCCUGGGAAAAGUGGACGAAGCUACACAAGAGGCGAGAGUAGACGAGAAACUGGGAGGACAUGUUGGUUCAUGGUCACCUGGCAUAGACUACUUCAGAUUGGAUGGUUCAACAUCUUGUGAGAAUAGAUCUAUAUGGUGCAAAAACUUCAACAGAGAAGACAAUCCAAGGGCCAGAUUAUUCCUUAUAUCAACGCGAGCGGGUGGUCUCGGUAUAAACUUGGUGGCUGCGAAUCGUGUGGUUAUAUUCGACGUGUCUUGGAACCCCUCUCAUGAUGUUCAGAGUAUUUUCCGUGUGUACCGUUUCGGACAGAAGAAACCCUGCUAUAUUUACCGGUUUUUGGCUAUGGGUACCAUGGAGGAGAAAAUCUACGAGCGGCAAGUGACAAAACAAGCAAUAUCCAAACGUGUGAUCGACGAACAGCAAAUAGACAGACAUUAUGCAGAAAAUGAUUUAGCCGAGUUGUACAAGUUUGAGCCGACGCCACCGCAACCGAGGCCCAUACCGCCGUUGCCGAAAGAUAGAUUGUUCGCCGAAAUGCUGAAGGAACAUGAACAAUGUAUAUACAAAUACCACGAGCACGAUUCGCUGCUCGAGAACAAGGAAGAGGAAACACUCACGGAGGAAGAGAGGAAAGCGGCGUGGGAGGACUUUGAAAAUGAAAAGACGAGACCACCAGUUGUUCCCUUCACCUCACCGUAUGCUAUGCCUAAUGGAAUGAUGUCCAAUUACCUGGCCGCGCAGCAACAAUCCCUAGCGUACGCGUUAGCCGCGAUACGCAAAGAGUCGCCGAACAUAACUGAUAACCAAUUGAGAGAUCUUAUGCCGCUCUUGUACAAUACUAAUCCACAGAUGUUCGGUGGAUAUGAUUAUAGUUUAAUGCAGAAAAUGAGUGAAAUGUACAAAUAUCAACCCGGUAUGAUGAAUCCAGGACUAAUGAACUCAGUUAUGAAUCCAGCGAGCGGCGGUGCGGGUGGCGGGGGCAUGGGCAUGGGCGGCACGAGCGGGCUGCAGUACGAGCCGCCCUGGCAGCGCCAGCAGCAGAUGCGCCUGCAGCAGCUCAUGCAGCAGCAGAACCCGAUGGCGGCCAAGUACUACGCGGGCGGGCUCGGCAGCCGCGACCCGGUGGCGAUGGCGCUGCAGCACCAGCGCGCGCGCGAGAUGAUGCUCGGCGAGCGCUCGGGCAGACCGCGCGGCCGCCCGCCGCUCGCCGCGAGACCCAAGCCCAGCGAUGACGUCGUCAACUUGGAUUCUGACUAAACAGUGAAACUAUGAAAUAAGUGUACAGUGAAUGAUAUUAAGGUGCUAAGCAGCAAUGUGAAGAUGUCGUAGCGAUUACAACCGGAAUAACGACGGACAAACCAUGGGCGUAUUCAAUGUAGCCUUCAGCUUGCGCUACACCACAUAUCAUGAAUCUCAUAUGGUAUUACCACAAAACAAUUUAAACACAGUCUAACUUUAAACCAGGGAUCUGUCACUUUAAUAGUUGUCUCUGUGAAAUACGACAAAACCAGAUUAAAGCGAACCCGAGCUUAAAGUUAAACUCUGUCUAAAGUUUUUUGUGGUAACGUUUAGCCAAUUUUUCGUACAAUAUUUUCACUAGAGCAACUCACAAGAGUGUGUUACAGUUGUAUGAUUUUUUCAUCUUGGAACCUAAUUGUAAAUUAAAUAUUUAAGUUUUAUUCAAUCAGGUAUAACUUAUAUGAUUAUUAUAUUCAUUGUGUGCAAUUUUCAAAUUAUAUGUGUUUUAUGCACUUUUUAAAUUUAAAUACUAUUCUCCUAUGGAACAAAUUUGUUUGAAAGGCAAUGAAACAUGAAUAGUGAAUACUAUUAACUCACAUAUCAAAAAGAAUCUCUGAGGCCCUAAUGGAAGUCUAUAUUUGCAUGUACAUUCUUAUUUUCACAAGAACUGUAUGACUUAAAAAUAAAACUAAUUUUUAUGAGAAACAUACCACAUAUACUAUUUCGAAAUUCGAUUAUUCAAAAGCAAAUAUUCAAUGUACAUAUUGGUAGAAAUGUCAGCAUUUUUAGAUUAUAAUACAUCUUUAUGUGGUAAUAGGUAUUUUUUAUGUUUUGCUGUCGCAGUGAUUUCUUUUUUUUUUUGGUGUUAAUGUUUGUGCAGAUAUUUGUCUGAUUUGACGACAAAAAGUAAUUGGACUAAGCAUAGAGAAAUAACGACCUUUAUUAAUUUUAAAUUGACAUGAAAUUAAACUAUCUAUUUAACUUUGAAAUAAUUUAAAUGUGAGAAUUUUUUUAAGAAAUAACUAUUUGCUAUCCUUGACUUCAGAUAAACAUUUGAAUUUUAUUAUGACUUAUAUCUGCACAGAUAAACUGGUAAAAAAAUCAGUGGCUUGGAGUUUGGACUGGUAUAAGAGUUAACACAUAUUUAUUAGUUUUAUUAUACAAAAGUAUUAAAGCUUUUCAAAGUGACAUGACAAACCAUUUUUAUACAUAUAGGUGUUGAAUUUGAUUCAUUUUUUUGCAUUUAGUAUUUAACUUUUUGAUUAUAACAGAAAUAUAGAGUAAAAAAUAAUGUCAGCCUACUAAUAAUUGUAUAUUCGGUACAGGAAGAUAGCGUUAAGGCAUAAUGAUAGUAGUUGUCUUCUGUUUUGGUUUAAGUGAGCCAACUGUGCAAUGUAAUAGUUGACUUUCAACGCAAAAUCUAUGUGCUUCAUUCAUCUAUUGUAUCUAGAUAUAAAACAACAAGCAGGGGCUUAGAAACUAAAUUUUAUCUGGUCUUUUUAUGAUAAAUUAUUUUUGGAUAAUUUGUAAGCUGAUUAAUACAUAAUUCAUUCCAUUACCAAUUGAUUUUUAUCGGGAGAUUACAAAUUAUUGUCAACAAACGGUCUAUCAUUGUGAGUAGGUUUUACUGAUUGUGAUUUUGUGAGAACUAUUUAUUUGGCUCGAGUAAUGGGCAGUUUAGUUGUGAUAUCACUUUUUCUUACAAUUUUGUAUACGUUUAUGUUAAUGAGUCACUCUUGUGACUUUAAGAUUUUGAAAACUAAAAUAGUUACAUAUUCUAGAGUAAUUGAUUGUAUUUACCUGUGUGAUGGAUAAUUUUAAGUGUUUUAAUUAUUUUUUUUUUUUUUUAUACUAAAACAUUACAUUCUGAAUGUUGUUUUUAUUUCAUAUAAGUUACAUAAUAUGCUAGAAUUUAUUCUUAUGUUUAUUUAUAAGUUAUAUACAUUUUUUUUUUAUAAAUGAGCAGUAUUUGAGUUAGACAUUAAGUAAUUUACUGGUAAUUUUACUUAAGUGAUUAUUAAAGGCAAACUUAAAUUUCGCACACAUGUGAAGACCUAAGUUUUCACUAUAUAAUAUGUAAUAUAUAAUAUAAUGGUAACUGUAGAAAACUUCCUAUUAUUUUGUAGUAAAAUUGAAGUAUAAUAAAUAAUUUUAAAUGUGAA